UUAGAACACACACACACACACACACAGAGCGCCGAACAAGUAUGUGAUUCUCCUUUUUCUUGACAUUAUUCAUAUGUGUGUGUGUGUGUGUUAGUGUGAUGGCGGGAGUUCCCCUGAGGUGUCUGUGUCUGUGUCUCGCGCUGAGCCGCUGUCUCUCUCACGAAAUCAGCCAUGUCAGUGGGCUCUACUCCAGCUCGCCUCAGAGGCUCUCCAUGUACACCUGGUUCGGGAACGCGCGGCUCUUCCGGUUCCGGGUUCCGGAAGGGGCGGAGCUUGUGCGCUGGUCCCUGACGGUGACGCGCGGCUCGGGGUUCAACUGCGGCGACCAGAACAUCACUGUACAUUUCCGGUCCGGAGCGCCGCCGGUCAUUAACCCCAUCGGCACGGCGUUCCCGGACUCCACGGCGUUCUCGCUGGCCUUCAACCUGACCGUGAGUGUGAGCAGCGCCCAGAGCGGCAGCGUCACGCUGUUCAACCUGACGCGGCCCGCGGACGGAGACUGGUUCAUCGCCGCGCAUCUCCCUAAAGACAACGGCAAGAUACAGCAGCAGGGACUGCCAUCGUGUUCGUACUCGUUGCAGCCGCAAAUGUACGUGAGGAGAGCCGUCGACACGCCGAUCCUGCAAACCAACAUUCCACUCGCACAAACACUCACUCAACAGCACGUGCAGUACAGGGUGUUUGUUCCUGAGUUCUCCUCCGAGCUCGGCGUCUUCCUCCAAUCCUGCUCUGUACAGACCGCUCCCGUGAGCGACUGUUCGCUGUCCAUCACAUUAGGCUCCGCCUCUCUGGGCCGGAGCUCGGCGAUGGUGGUGAACUGCUCAGGGGGCGGGCCCUGCUCCGCCUCUCUCCCCAAUCCGCCCUGGAACACCUGGGUGAGAGUCUCGCUGGACUUCAGUCAAGCCAACGUCAGCACCGCCUUCAGCAUCUGCGCCAACUACACAGUGGGCUGUGCCCCCCCGAGCGUGGAGUCAGACGUGAACGUGUCGUUCCCCCUGAGCGCCUCGUCCCUCGCCGCGCCCCUCAGUAACUCCUGUCUCCGGACCGCGGCGGUGCUGCGUGAGACGCAGGACGUCUUCUCCGUACGCUUCACUGUCGCUAAUGGCAGCGUGACCGCGCCCGCCCUCACGCCCACCCUGCUGCCCCUGGAGCUGGAGUCCGCCGACAGUGGGGGGGCGCUCAUCCUGCAGCUCGACCUCAACACGACCUCUGUGAUUGGUCCAUUGGCCAGUGUGAGGGCGUGUCUUACACCUUCUGCUCCUGUUCUUCAGCUCAACACCAGCCAGUCAUGUGAUGCAGCGUUCAUGACAGGGUAUCCUCUCCAGGUGAGCGUUAACGAGACGCGGACGUUGUUGAGGAUUCCAUUUCCUCGUGCAGUGACGUGGUACCUGAGCCUGCAAAGCAUCUGUAACGACAGCAGCGCGGCGUGUGUGAACGUCUCGGCGGCGGUGGGCGUGUCAGCGAGUGUGAGCGCGUGUGUGGACGAGUGCGGUCCGUACGGAGACUGCAAGCUGCUGCGCUCACAGAGCUACCUGUACGCUGCCUGUGUGUGUAACACCGGCUGGUUGGGGUGGAGCUGCUCAGACGGUUCGAGCGCUCUGUCGUUCUCUCGUCAGUUAGCGGCGGCGCUCCUGCUCACGCUCAGUAACCUGCUGUUCCUCCCCCCCAUCGUGGUGGCGCUGUACCGAGGGUACCACCCCGAGGCCAUCGUCUACCUCCUCACCAUGUUCUUCUCCACCUUCUACCACGCGUGUGACCAGCCCGGCGUGACCGUGCUCUGUAUCAUGGACUACGACACGCUGCAGUUCUGCGACUUCCUGGGCUCGGUGGUGGCCGUCUGGGUGACCAUCGUCUGCAUGGCCCGACUGCAGUACACACUGAAAUACGUACUCUUCAUGGGCGGGACGCUCCUUAUCGCCAUGGCGAUGCAGCUGGACCGCAGAGGCCUGUGGAACCUUCUAGGUCCUGUGCUGUUUGCGUUAGCCAUCAUGCUAACUGCCUGGAUAUAUCGCAGUGUGAAGCGGCGUCACUGUUACCCGCCCGCGUGGAAGCGCUGGGUUUUCUUCCUGAUACCCGGCAUCGCGUCGGCGGUCAUCGGGCUGUGCGUGUACGCGUUCGCUCAGACCGACAGCAACUACUACUACACACACUCCAUCUGGCACAUCAUGGUGGCCACCAGCGUGGUGUUCCUCCUGCCGCCGCGCGAGGACAACGUCCCGCCCUGGGGCUGGCCGCGCAAACUCUGCGGAUACAGGAUGUGUCUGAACCAGGAGACGGAGCUUCACGUCACACCCUGAAGGAACGACAACGGAACCGACAACACGGCGGGCGGGACUUAAUGAACAUCUCGCAGAGGGGUGGGGAGGGGUGUGAUGUCACUGCUGAUGAAAGUGUUGUUGUUGUUGUUGUUCUUUACAGUGUCAUUAGACACGGCCAGUAGCACUGCACUCUAGUUCUUCUUUACACUCGUUCCUUUACUGUGGCCAAAAGGGGUAUUAUUAUAUACACUAACAUGUGUGAGAGAGUGUGUGUGUGUGUGUGUGUGUGUGUGUUUUAAUAUCUGUUCAGGGUCUUGAUUUAAUCAGGAGAAACAAUGCAGCUUUAUUCACCUUUAAAAAAGGAAAAGUACUGCUGCUUACGGCACUUUUAUAAAUUAUACAUGAAGUUUUGGUUUGAGCAAGUGUGUGUGUGUGUGUGUGUGUGUGUGUAUGUGUGUGUGUGUACGAGAGAAACCUUUUAUUUUUAAAUUAUUAUUUUAUGCCAUUUUUGGCCCUGAAGCUGGUGUUAAGGUCUAUGGAUGACUCUGGACCUCUUUGGUACUUCACUGUAGUGUGUUUGUGUUCCAGUAUUGCAAUCAUAAGUAUGUAUGAUGAUCAUAAGUAUGAGAUGAAAUGAUGAUUAAUAAGAGCUCAGGUUCUACAGAGGAAAAUAUGAAGUUACUUACAAUAAAAUAUGAGAAUGUUUUAUCAAUCAAAGAAUGUUUUAUCAACUUUUUCUUCUGUUACUUUGUAAACAUUUAUAACCUUUGAUGAUUCCUAAUAAAGCGAUUCCUCAAUUACGUCCCACAAAA